AAGACACAAGAGGCAGGGCAUAUGGCCAGAUUCUGUCCCAACACCACCAUUCGUCUGGAUCGGAGACGUCGCGCGCGGCGCGCCAUAUCCUGCUCGCGUUUCCCCGGUUUUUCGUAUUAAAACCAACGGCGCGCCGCCGCCAGACGACCGGACAGAGUGCUCGCUCGCUGCUGUCUCUUCGAGCUUGCUUUGCGUUUGCGUUGCGUUGCUUUGCUCGAUCGAUCGAUCGAUCGGUCACUCUCUGUCUUCCCCAUAUGCUGAGGUCAGUGUCCGGGUCCAACUCGUCGAGGGGCAUCGCCGCCGUGGUCGGCGUCGGCCCCAGGCUCGGCUCCGCCGUGGCUCGCAAGUUCGCCUCCGAGGGCUACACCGUCGCCAUCCUCUCCCGCGACCUCGAGAAGCUGUCGCAGCUGGCGGAGGAGAUCGCGCAGGAGGCGAAGGCGCAGGUGUUCGCGCUGCGGGUGGACUGCGCCGACGCGCGGUCCGUGCGCGAGGCCUUCGAAGGGGUGCUCUCGCUCGGCCCCGUCGAGGUGCUCGUCUACAACGCCUGCGAGCCACCCGCCGACGGCGACGGCGACGCCUCCCCGCGCCCGACUCCCUUCCUCGCCAUCUCCCCCGACGCCUUCCACCGCGCCCUCGCCGUCUCCGCCGCCGGCGCCUUCUACUGCGCCCACCAAGUUAUACCGGGGAUGGUCGAGCGGGGCAGGGGCACCGUCAUCUUCACCGGCUCGUCGGCGUCGGUCACCGGCUACGCCGGCUACUCCGAUCUAAGCUGCGGCAAGUUCGCGCUGAGAGGGCUGUCCCAGUCGCUGGCCAAGGAGUUCCAGCCGGCCGGCGUCCACAUUGCUCACAUGAUCAUCGACGGCGUCAUCGGCGAACCCAGGUCAGGGAGGGGGAGGUGCGGCGGCGAGACGGCGUCGUCGGCGGGGGCGGACCCGGACGCGGUGGCGCAGAGCUACUGGCACGUCCACGCGCAGGACAGGAGCGCGUGGACGCAGGAGAUGGACAUCCGGUCGCCGUCGCUCAUGUAGUCGGCCGGCCGAUCGGGGAGGUGGAGAGGCAUGCACUGUAGCUCCGGCGGCGGAAUCUCUACUGUUGCCAAGGAAGGAAAGAAGAAAAAAAGAAAAUUCAUUGAUCGUGUCAUCGUGUGGUGUGGUGUGCGUGUGCGCGGCUGCGGACCGGGCAUCGUGUCCCCGUUCCGCGUCGCAUGUCUUCUUUUUUUCGCGCUGCGUGCGCGCGCCGCUUGGCGCUUCGCGCGCCUAAUUUUUAGUGUGUGGUUGAUGCAUCAUCCGUCCGCCGUCCAUCGGCAGCAUCCAGCAGCCGGUGCACGGGGAAGUUGCCGACGACGGCGACCUGCAAAAAUUCAUGUGAUUUUUCUGUACGGUUUUCUAUAAAUGUAUAGUAGUAUUAUGUCUCGUUUUAUGUGGUUUUCUGUACGGUUUUCUAUAAAUGUAUAGUGUGUCUCGUUUUAUGCA